GAUAAAAUAAAUAAAUAACUAAAUCGUUUUAAAUGGAAAAAAAAAUAAAUGAGAGGAGGCCGAGUGGGGCAGGUGAGAGGGGAGGAAGUGAAAAGGGGUAGUAGAGCCCUGAAGGGGGCUGAGGGAGCUGAAGAGCGCACCUGGUGCCCGGCUACUCUACCCCCCAGGAUUAGGAAGUGGGGGUGGGUGGGGGUGGCUGAUAAGGAAGUGACCAGGCCAGGAAGAGUGCAGGGCCGAGAGUGGAAGGGAACAAGGGCGAGCGGGGCAGGACAGGAGUGAAGGAGUGAGCACACCUGCAUGUCAUACUGCGGCUGGCUUCCUGCAGAUGCAGUGUGAAGCAGCUGCCCGGGCGGAGGAGCACAGCUGCCACAGCGCGGAUGCCGGCGCAGGUGCGAGUGAGGCUGACUUCAGGAGCUACUCGUUCAGCCAGCCCUUCCAUCUGAUCGUGUCCUACGACUGGCUGAUCCUUCAAGGCCCCGCCAAGCCUGUAUUUGAAGGGGACCCGGUGGUUCUGCACUGCCGGGCCUGGCAAGACUGGCCCCUGACUCAGGUCACCUUCUACCGAGAUGGCUCAGCCCUGGGUCCUACGGGACCCAGCCGGGACUUCUCCAUCGCUGCGGUGCAAGAGGCAGACAGCGGGAACUACCACUGCAGUGGAGUCUUCCGGAGUCCUGGUUCUGGGAGCCUGGAAACAGCGUCCGCCGUGGCUAUUACCGUCCAAGAACUGUUUCCAGCUCCAGUUCUCAGAGCCACACCCUCAGCUGAGCUCCAAGAGGGAAGCCCAGUGACCCUGACCUGCCAGACAAAGCUGCCCCUGCAGAGGUCAGCCGCCCGCCUCCUCUUCUCCUUCUACAAGGAUGGAAGGAUGAUGCGAAGCAAGGGCCUCUCUGCAGAAUUCCAGCUACCCACGGUCUCAGAAGCGCACUCUGGGUCCUACUGGUGUGAGGCCGCCACCGAGGACAACCAAGUGUGGAAACAGAGCCCCCAGCUGGAGCUCCGCGUGCAGAGUCCCUCCAGCUCUGCUGCACCCCCCACCUUGAAUCCUCCACAACCGAAAUCAGCUGCCCCAGACACCGCUCCUACAGAGCCCCUGGAAUCCCGGCCUCCGCUGCCCACCCCUUCUGCUGUGGACCCAGGCUUCUCUCCUCUGGCGGUACCAGACCCUCACCUGCAUCACCAGAUGAACACUCUGCUCAAACACAUGCAGGAUGUGAGAGCUCUCCUCGGCCACUUGCUCAUGGAGCUGAGGGAACUGUCUGGUCGUCUGAAAACCGGGCCAGCAAAGUCUCAAGCCCAAUAGAAGCCAACAGGUCAUCUAUGAUAUCGCCACCCGCCCCCAAUAAAUACCACUCUUUGUACAUUGUCUCUCUGUCCUGCACAUAUGCAUAAUAGUUGUACAAGUUACCUGAGCAUUCUCUAAGAAUAAUGGACAUAGGUCAGUAUUCUAUAAAUAA